UUUCUUGCCUUCUACUUUAGUAUAAAAGGAAGAGGGGCACUGUUGAUUAUCUGGCUGUUUCCUGUUGAAUUAGGGGCACUGUAAUCAGGGUUGGGGUUUUGAAGUCGUGGGUGUUUGAGUUUAGAGUUGUUUUUCCAGAGGUGCUGAUACUGGACUUGGUGGAGGAAAAGGACGAUAUCAGUGUGUUUCUGGAGGACUGCCUGAACAAGGGAGUUCAGCCUUUGGGAGGUUGAGUGGGAUGAUAUGAAGGUUGGUGGCCUGCCAGCACGCCAGUGCCUGUUGGUGCAUUCCUCUCGAAUUCCAGCCGCCCAUGUGUUCCUCCGCUGACAUGCUCCUCUCGACGUCCAGCUACCUGUGUGUUCUUCUGCUGAUCUGCUCCUCUUGACGUCCAGCCACGUUGCACCUUUCUACUCUGCAGAGGCUGGAAAGCUGAAAACGAAGGCUAAGACUUCCUUGCAGCCACUGAUACAGAAGCCUGAGGGAACACGCUCCCUGACCUCCUCCUCCAACAGAGCAGAGCCAGGAAGGACUUGGAUGGAAAUUAGGACGAAGAGGUCCAGAAUUCGCACAGCUACCAACAGACCAUUCGUUGAAGAGGAAAUCCAAAUGGCCAUGAAGCAUAUGCGAAAAUGCUCAGUUGCACUAGCAGCCAGGGGAAGCAAGUUAAAACUGGUACACAAUUUUAUACUCAUCGGAUUGGGAAGAAAUGACAAAUGUGAUAUUAUCAAGUGCUAGCUAUGGUGCUGCUAGGAGUGUAACUGAUACAUCCACCAAAGAGAGUAUUUUGGGAAUGGUAUGAUCUUCUGGUAACCUCCAUCUUCCCUUGAGGUAUGGCCUGCCUCCUUAACAGCCAGCUCUCCAGGCCUGACAAUGACAGAUGAAGGACCCCAGCAGCCCUAGAGAGACUCCGUCAACAGAGGAGUGUGCCUGCUCCCCUCCCCCUGGGCUUUCCCUUGGGCUUCUUUUUUUUUUUUUUAAAAAAAAAAAAAAAAAAAAAAAAAGGAAAGAAAAGAAAGAAACCAGAUGAAAGAACUUUCUAGAUUAAAGGGCACCAAAGAGCCACAACAGCUAAACACAAAGCCUGAUGCUUGUUUGGAUUCUGGAUUGGAAACAGCCAAUGAAUUGGAUAUAAAAACCAUUAUUGGGGCAACAGGGGAAAUGUCUACAUUAAAUAGUUUUACUGUAUGCAAGAUACAAUAUUGUGUUCUUGUUCUUGUCCCAGCCAAGGCUGACAAGCCCCCAGGGGCUCAGAUAGUUAAGAUAUUUAGCAGGCUGUCAGAGCCUUAAGAAAGUUCUCAGCCCAGGACUGAGGUAGGGGUUACUUGGGGCUGAGGGGAUUAGCAAACGCUUGUGAAGUGGCUAAAGCCGUGACCUGGAUAAUUCAGGACUCAAAUCCACCCGUAUUGGAAUUCUCUGGGUGACUGCCCAGUCCCUUGGCAGGCCAGCCAGCCACAGGGCCCGACUGUGCAGGACUUCCUGCCUCUGCAAAGGCAGUCAGGGGCUGAGCAGGGUUCCACCCGGCUGGCUCCAGGCAGAAGUUUUCCCUCCCCACCUCCAGGAUUGUCCUCAUCAUUGCUCACCCCUAUUCUCAGCUUAAGAUUCUGGAGGCCAAGAAUUGACUCCCCUGGAUCCAUGGUCUGUGGACCCCCAUGUUCUGACUGGAGAUGGGGAGCCAGUGAGACCUGGGACUUCGGGGUCCGCCCAAGGAGGUUGCUCAUGGCGGCAGACCUCUGGAGCAGGAUUUGAGGCCAAGCCAAAGAGGCCAUGUCUAGUUUACAUCAAGUCCUGCUUCUCUACGUAUGCCACCAAAUCUCCAUUCAAGAAUCCUGGCCAUUCUCUGGUUCCUUUUAGCCAUUUUGCUGACAGGAACCCCAGAGAUGAAGGGCCUCCUCCCACUGGCUUGGUUCCUGGCUUGUAGUGUGCCUGCUGUGCAAGGGGGCUUGCUGGACCUAAAAUCCAUGAUCGAAAAGGUGACAGGGAAGGACGCCCUGAAGAACUAUGGCUUCUACGGCUGUUACUGUGGCUGGGGCGGCCAAGGGAGCCCCAAGGAUGGCACCGAUUGGUGCUGUUGGGUGCAUGACCACUGCUAUGGGCGGCUGGAGGAGAAGGGCUGCAACAUUUGGACACAGUCCUACAAAUACAGAUUCGCAUGGGGCCUGGUCACCUGCGAGCCAGGGCCCUUCUGUCGUGUGCAGCUCUGUGCCUGUGACCGGAAGCUCGUCUACUGCCUCAGGAGAAACCUACGGAGCUACAACCCGCGGUACCAAUACUUUCCCAACAUCCUCUGCUUCUAGGCAUCCCCAGCGAGCUCCUUCCAGACCAAGCAUUUGCUCUGUUCUUCUGCAACGCAGAGUUCCUACUCUGCUGGGUUCCUGAGAGAGGCUCCUACAUUGCAGACCUCAAUCCUUCCUGAAGCUUCGAGGAUCCCCAGGGCCACGCCCUCCAGCGAGUCCCAGGAGAGUGACUCUAGUUGUAGGACUUGAUAGGGCCCCAGGGCCUCCACUUCUGAGGGCACCCCCUCUGGUGCCAAGAGCUCUCCCCCAACUCAGGGUUGGCUGUGUCUCUCUUCUCUGAAGACAGCAUCCUGGCUCCAGCUGGAGCACUUUCCUGAGAUGCACUUACUUCUCAGCUUCUGUGAGCAGAUUCUCACCACCACCCUCCAGAGAAUUUCUACACAAGAAGAGCCAAAUUGAAUCUCUAAAUCUGGUGCAUGGAUAUUAAAUAAAAUUCCUUCUCAUGGCUAAUAAAAACGGCAUUGGCAUUUUCCUCUGCUGUGGGGGAUCGCUGGUGCCUCUUUCUCUGCCACUAGGGCUAUAAACCAGAAGUUAUCCACCUUGUCUCAGAGACAGAAGGGAAGAUUAGUAAAUGCAGGGUUUUCUGGGUUGUUUCAGGCUUUCUUUUGGGCUCAUUUCCUUAAACCUUGGGGUCCUCUCCAGCCCAGUGUUGGGUCUCAUUCUUCCUUGAUGGGGUGGAGGAAAGAUAACUGGUAAGUAUGACAGCUUCAGCUUUCAGGUCAGAGAGGGUGGCAUUCAAGUCCCAGUGCUGGCUCCUCCAGCUGUGUGGUCUUGGGCUCAUUACUGAACCUCUCUGACGUUCAGUCUCUUUGAGAAAGAAACUGUCUUGUUCCUUGCAAUGUAAAAGGAGGCUUCUAAAGCUCACCUUGAUGCUGAUAUGGGGGAUGCUGAUGUUCUGGCAUUUCACACAGCAGGAAUUUUUUAAAAAUAGCUAUCAGUUAUGGGUUUAUUUCCUUUUUUUUUUGCAAAGUAAGGACAUUAAAAAAAAAAACUCAUCUAUCAAUUCAUAAAAAAAAGGGUGUUUUGCUACCAAGCCUGCAGGAAGAAAGGAUGUAUCCAAAACAAAGGAGCAUCCUUCCAAGAAAGGACCUAUGACUUCUUUAUUCUGACAUACCCCAAAAUAACCACAUGAUAAACAGGAUCUAUGUUUAAAAAGCUCUAGUGUUGAAUGUUUUCAAAAUAAAAUUUGAUUUUAUGAGAUUA